AUGUUCCCGAAGCUGGACCCCGAAUGCUGUGAAAUGCCGUGGGAGGUGCUUACUCGCACAAUUAAGCCCUUCAUCGGCGCCGUUGAGCGUUUCCCCGAGCACUGCGACCGAUUUGUGGAGUUUCUCAUCGCCCUGAAUGAGCUCCCCAACUGCGAUGGAGAGUUCAAAUGGCUGGAGGGGUUCUCCAUGCAUCUGUGCGAGUUCACUUACGACUAUGUGCAUCACUGCUUCAACACGACCACCCGCGAGACCGAGCGACAACGCUUCCUGAACGCGAAUGUCUUCACCGUUAAAUUCUACCAGCGUCUGCCCCGCCCCAACCGCUUCGGGUUUCUGAUCAAUCACGGCGCGUGGGUGCUACGCAGAACCUUGGAGCACGCCCCCUUUGAGAAAUGCCAUCAUCCGCACAUCGAGAACACCAUCCAAGAUUGUGACGAGGACGAGGAGGACUUCUACAACAUGAAGCGCGACGAGGCGCUCGAGAUUAUCGACGAGAUCUAUGGGAAGCAGGGGUCCCUGGGACGGGAGAUCCGGGCCUAUGAUAAGUGGCAGGGGUCGGAGGGCUGGUCGAAGGAGCGCUGGGCAUUCUGGAAGGAGAGGUUUAUCUGGAUAUCUACGGUUACGGCCUUGGAUCGGAAGACGAGACGCAUUGCAAAGGAUGUGGUCGAACUGAUGGGCAGGGUUGAGCAGGGGGACGAUGGGGUACUGUGA